AUGAAAUAUCAAAAACUGGUUAUUAUUAAAUUUAAAACAAAUAAAUAUUCUUUCCUUUUAGUUAUUCCUGAAGGCCCUCAGAAACUUAAUUUAACUCAAGACUUUCGUGAUCCAAACGUAAUUUUGGGACCCGAUGGAAAAUGGAAAAUGAUUCUAGGAAGUAGAGACAGUCAGGGAGGAGUAAUUCUUCUCUACGGGACAGAUGACCCAACAGCACAAAGUGGAUGGCAUUUUUUGAAUGUUUUAUAUAGAGAUAAUCGUCUUGGAAUGACUGUAGCUGAAUGCUCGGGUCUUGCCCCAAUUGAUGGAAAUCCACAGGAUCCAAAUACUUUAUGGGCAUUAAUUUAUGCUCAAUUAAACAGUACUGACCCAGCAACCGGGAGAAGAGAUAUAACAACUGUACAUGUGGGGAAGUUUGAUGGAAUAACUUUUACUCCAAUGUUUGAACAGGAAAUGGAUUUUGGAACGCAUGCUUAUGCAUUCCAAGCUCUUUACAGUCAAGAAUUGGGAACUUUAACAAUUGCUUGGUUGGCAAAUUGGAAAGAUUGGAAUUGGGAUACUAAACCAGAUUUCCCUACUUCAACUAUUUUACCUAGAAAGUUGUUAUUAAGUGCUGAUAGGAAGUCAUUACUAACACCACCAAUUGAUUGGGUUAUAUCAAAAUUGCGUAAUCAACAAUUGGAUUUAGACAAACAACUUUUAAAAGGCCAAUUUGUUGAUUUACCUAAUGGGACUGCAGAAAUCUCAAUUUCUCUUCAAAAUUUCCAAUCAAAUAUUUUAGAGCCAAUUACUAGCGACCAAAGAUCCUCAAAUAAUUCAAAUACUGAAAAUUUAAAGUUUAUUCGUUUGGAAAUUGAGCAUCCAAAAAUAACAAAUGUUGGGGUUGAAAUAUCCUUUGAAGGAAUUGAAAUACUUUAUGGACCCCCUAAACAACCACAACAAAGAUUAAUUGCUUUGGGGGCUAAACCAAGUCAAGUUCAGAUAUUAUUAGAUACGGGAUCUAUUGAAGUUUUUGCAGAUGGAGGGCGUUGGACAGGGACAGUUAGAAUUCCUGGAACAAAUAAAUUCACUAAAAUCCGUUUAAUUGGUGAUCUUUCAAUGGUAACCCGUUCUGAAAUUUGGGGAUUAAAACCUGCAGAAUUUAAAGGAAAAUUACAAAUAAAGAAAUGA